GGAGGAAGAAGAGUAUGGGAGCAGACUAUGUGUAAAGUGGGAGAAAAGCGUGCAGCGUGCGAGAAAGGGAGAGAGAGAGAGAGAGAGAGAGAGAGUGCGAGCGAGGUGAACGAAGAAUGAAGCAUGACUGCACGACUGAGUAUCGUUAACCAGUCGGCCACACAAGAGAGUCCGUUCUCCAGACCCUGCUGGUAAUCACAUCGAGUCGGCAACAAUCGUACCACGUGCCAUCUCGCCGAAACGUCGUUGUCCGGAGAGGAAACUCCUCGCGCGUGGAUAGUCCGCUGAAGCGCAUCGACGAACAAAUCCAGAAGACUGAUCUGAGAAGCUGGCGUAUCGGAAGCGAUAGGCUUGUCAAAGGUUGAUCAGAAGGAGGACGAGCACAACUGUUUGGAACAGCCAGUGGACCCGGCGAGUCUAGAAAUGGGUUGUUGCGGCUGUACGGAUGAAUCUUCAUCCAAAGUUGAACCCACAACACCUGAGAGCCACGGUUCGCCAAGUAGUUAUUCAGAUAAGAUCUUCGUAAAGGAUCGAUCAUGCACCGACAUUCUGGCUCUAAUCGUCCUACUUAUUCUCGUGGGUGGUUUCGCCUUUAUGAUGACGAAUACAGCGAAGAAGGGUGACAUUUACCGUGUGAUAAAUGGAUACGACGAUUGGGGAAAUGUCUGCGGCCGCGUAAAUUCACGCGAAACCGAUCCGAGAUUCCCUGGUAAAGGCGGUGACUACACCAAAAAACGGUAUCUUGAAAUUGACAUCGACUCGACAGGGGUGAAGAAACGCACAUGCGUGGAAAAGUGCGAAUCAACGCUAGAAGAACCAAAAACGUUAUUCGUAAACCGUUGCCUGCACAAGAAGGUGACCGACACCAUCAACUCGAUAAUAAAAUCUCUUCGCCUGGAUAGUUUUUACAAUAACGCAGUCACUGAUCUGGGAAUUGCAUGGCGCGAAUUAAUUUAUCUUUUUCUUAUAGCUUUGGCACUUUCUGUCGGUAUCCUGGUGGCUUUCCGCUAUAUGGUACAAUACGUCAUCUAUAUUGUAUUGAUUGGUGCAGUUUUGGCUUGCAUCGGUGGCACAACGUAUCUCUGGUGGGCAUGGUAUCAGGAGAAGAUACUCCUGGACAAUCAAAAGAUUGAUCCUGAAGAUUCUAGUCUGCAGCCUUACUUCAUCUACUCUAUUAUAAUGUCGAUCGUUACUGUCAUCGUACUUCUAGUGAUUCUGGUGAUGAGAAAGAGAAUCGAGUUGGUCAUGCAGCUUUUCCGGGAGGCGGGUAAAGCCGUGUGCGCGAUGCCGGCGUUGCUGUUUCAGCCAAUUUAUACUUAUCUGUUCAUCGGAUUCACGAUGGUGGCGUGGAUCUACUGUAUGCUAUGGAUCGAGAGCGCCGGUGACAUUUACCUGAAUCGCAAAAAACACGUGCAUUUUAAGAAGGAUGCAUUAAUUAUUGCGACGAGAUGGUACAAUCUGUUCCUAUUUUUUGUGGCCUACGAAUUUUACAUGGGCUGUCAGCACAUGGUCGUCGCUUGCGCCGUAGCUCGAUGGUUUUUUACAAGGGACAAAAGACAUCUUUCUUUACCGGUAGUUAAAGGCUUCGGAUAUCUUAUAAGAUAUCACAUGGGCACCGUUGCUUUCGGGGCUUUGAUAAUAGGUGUUGUUCGACUACUCAGAGCUAUGAUUUCCUUCGUUCAAAACCAUCUGAAGCGUUACGAUAACGCUUUCGUGCAAGGAAUACUAUGGUGCUGUAAAUGUUGUUUCUGGUGCUUCGAAUGCGCUCUAAAAUUUCUCACCAGGAAUGCAUAUAUUGAAACAGCCAUAUACGGAUGUAACUUUUGCACAGGCGGAAGGAAGGCGUUUCAAGCUUUGUCCAGUAAUAUUUUGCGAGUAGCGGCGAUUAAUAGUGUCGGUGACUUUGUCUUAUUCCUGGGUAAAGUCUUCGUCGUCACUCUUACAGUCGUUGCAGGGGUUUAUAUGAUGCAGAAAAUGGAUGGGCUUCAUCAUCCUUGGAUACCAAUCUCUCUCGCAGGAAUAUUCGCAUUCCUGGUCGCGCACUGCUUCAUAUCCAUUUACGAGAUGAUCAUUGACACGAUAUUCCUGUGCUUCUGCGAAGACUGCGAAAAAAACGACGGCAUAAGCCGACCUUAUUUUAUGAGCCGCGGUUUGAUGGAAUUUGUAGAGAACAGCAAGAAAGCUCUGAGACAGAUGGAACAGCGAGGAUCCGCUGCUGCGUAACAGGAAUUAUUGUUUCAAUCGGAUGCUUCCCUUGAAAGAACGCAUUGUUGAUUGUUUCGAAAACGACUCGAUGCUCGACCAAUGCCACAAGUGAACGACGUAAAUCUCACGCCGGAAUAUUAUGUAAAAUAGUAUCGAAUCUUCUAAUAAUCUUCCCGGAAAAUAAUUGUAAAGUCGCUGAGACGAGGCGGGGAAGAUUUUCUUUCAUACACGCGCACAAACUGUCUUCUCUUAAUCUCUACAGCACAAUUACCGAAGUCGUUCCAUACCAACGAAGCGCAGUAUUGCACACAAAGAAUCUUUCCUACGAUCGAUUCAACGGACUGAUUACACUACACAAAGAAUGUUAUGAAUUAUUCUAUAUAUUUUUUCGAAGUUCCUAUUUCUAAAAAUAUUUUUUAUAUGAUGAGAAAAAGCGUAUUUCUAUGUAAUCUUAGCUGAAAUAGAGAUACAACGUUCGCGCAGCUAUAAUGCGAAGAUUAUUUCGUAUUGUUAGAAAAGUGAUUAGCAAAUAAAUUAAUUUAUAAGAUGUCUAUUCUGCGUUUUAGAGCAUAAGUCUAUACGUAAAGUUACACUCUGUUACAAACACAGACUUAUAUAUAUAUUUUAUAUGUAAAUAUAUUAAUAUAAGUAUAAUAUAUAUUAAUAUAAGUAUAAUAUAUUAACAUAAGUAUAAUAUAUAAAAGUCUGUGGUUACAAAUGUAUUCCAUGCAUGCUCCAUUGCUGUAAAUAUAUAUAUAUAUAUAUAUAUAUAUAUAUAUAUAUAUAUAUAUAUUUUCUUUAUAAACAAGUGCCUAUAUGUAAAUCAUUUUAAUUUCAUUUUGAUACAAACAUGCAAGAUAUAAUUAAACAGUUCGCUGAUGAUAAUGAUAUAUACACUUAUGUUAUUUUGAAAGAGAAAAAUAUAUACAAGCAGAGAUUAUAAAAUUAAAAUGUAUAUUAUUGACAAACAAAGUUGUGAAAAAUUAAAAAAAUUAUGAUGCAUAUGAUCCAAAUUACUUACUUUUUUCUAUCUUUUCGUCUGUAAAAGAUGAAACGGUGAAGAGGAUAAAAUAUGUACUGAAAGAGAAGAGUACGACGGGAGAAAUAUAUAGUCUCAUGGCGUAGGUGUUAACUUUGUCACUUUAAUUUAUUUUUUUCCGAGCACAUUGUGCAUGAACAAUCAUACUUGGCGGUUUACACAGAUCUCAUCUUAUGCCGGCUUAGUAAAGUGAUGCGUCGUUAACACAUUUAGCUGGCAGUAAAUCGGGAUGACGAAUCGGACGCUACGGGAAUGACGCGGGACUUUGGUCUGUUCAGGCCGGAUUUAGACAUUAGGACGAGUGAAAAGAGUAGACCGUUAAAAAAAUUCUAUCUCGCACUCGUGGUGCGACUCGUUCAGAAUAGCGGUUUUAUUCGCUAAAAUCUAAUCGGUGGGAAAGGAGGGAGGCGAUUUACGAACAGCGCAACAACAACGAAGCCAAGAUUUACAACGGAAUUACAUGCGUUCGAUGUGAUUACGUCAACUUGCAUUUUAGCGACAUAUAUGUUAUUAUAUAUGUAUAUACGUUAUGUGCGUGUAUCGCGUAUCUUAGGAAACCACCCCAAUGCGUAAAUGUCUGUCACUGUUGUGUGAAUCGGUUACAGCACAUUCCGUUUUAUAGCACGAAAAUAUCUUAUUCUUUCUCUCUCUUUUAUUUAUCAAUAGCUCGCCUAGAAUAUAUGAAUUUUCCCAGAUGUAGGAAAAUGCCAAAGAUAUGUACACUUUACGUUGAUGGAAGAGACACUUUACUCUAUAUUUGUAGCUUCAGAAUAUACAUUGUUCGAGUUUCGCGUGAGGGGAGAUGCUUUCGCUUUAUUACAUAAAUAUAUAGGGCCGACACAAGCCGCGCGUGAUCUCCUGACGAGGAAAUUUUGCUUGAGCUUUUCGCACUAGAUAAUCUCUUUUUUUUUUGUCGCUUACAUUUUUGUCAGAUUAUUCGUAGCGAAGAAAGAUUCUUGUAUAUCCUAAAAUUCUCCAUCAUUCCCCGAGAUAUUAUAUUAAUUCUCUCAUCACACCGAAAUAACAUUAAUGCCCAUGUACACCGCGAUUGCUGGUUCCGAGUUUCAAAAGUAGAUCCCGAGUUGCAAUACGCGCUACAAUAGGAUGAAAAAGAUAAAAUCGAAUCGAAUCCUUAAAAUCAACGACUACACCGACGCAAGGUACUUGGCUUUGUACGACUUUGUAUUGCACUUUGUAGCUAGCGCAAACUUAGGUCUGUGAAUCUUACGAAUUAUUAUUUUUUGGUCUCGUUAGGUCAUCGUCAUCGUGCGACGCAUUGAUAUAUAUAGAUAGAGCUGAUACUCGGGAUAUUAUUGAAGUUGCGGAAUAUUUUCAGUCUUUAUCAAAGGAGUUAUAAUCGAUGCAUUUUGCCCCGCGAACUUAGAUGAAAAAAAAGGAAUUCGACGACAUAGUUAAACCUUACAAUUAACAUUAUCAUACGACGUAUAUAAUCCGAGUUUACAUAAAUAUAUCUUACACUUCUUUCUUAAUAACGUUAAAUAUAAUAUAAUGUACAUAUAAUACAAAAUGAAGAAAUUGAAAAUUGUAGAUUCUCGUGAAAAAGAAAGUAUUUCGGCAUUUAUCGAGUGUCCAGCACUCAAUCGUCGAGACUCAUAAAAAUUGAUACAAAAGCGUGAGAAAAGGAUGAAUCGCGGGACAAGUGAUAGAUAAAUGAUCGGAUGAUAAUAAAUUGCGAAAAAAUGUUCGCAUCGCAAUUUGUAAAAAAGAAAGACAAGAUCAUCCGACAAAUUUCUCUUGCAUUGCACAACAAACACUUAUUAUAUUUAUAUUAAUGAUUUUAACAUGGUUUUUUUAAGUUGCAGACAGCAUUCGCGCUGAUGACGAUGAUAGAGAGACGAUGACGAUGACUAAUAUCGACGAUAAUCCGUUUAGCGAUCGUUGAUACGCGACGCAAGAACGAAGAACGUCGCGAGACGUGCUUAACCGGCAAGCACGUUUAAAUAGAUCUUGUAUACACUAUUGGAAAAUUUGAUUUAAUUUUAACAUAUCGCAUAUCCCGCACAGGCCACACAAAUUUUUAUGUUAAUUUAACGUAAUAUGGAUAUAUUAAACGGUGACACUAAUACUAUGUUAAUAUUUCAACACAAAAUGAAUACAAACUUCAUAAUAAUUUGAAAUAAAUUUUGUGUAAAAAUAUAUUUUUAAUAAUAAAAAUACUUUGGAGAAAUAUUAUUGACAGUCUGUAGUUAUUCUCAUUCCUAUUGUAGAAUAAAAUCAACAUUUUUUUUCUGUAUAGUUUUAACAGAUAAAUCCUGUCCACUAAUAAUACAAAACAUAUCCAUUGUAUAAAAUUAAAAAUGUGUGCACAUUAUUUUUACAUUUUUUCAAUUAUUUUAAUAAUUUAACAUUUGAGUUCAAUUCACACAACAGCAAUAUGUUAAAUUAACAUAUGAAUGUGUUAAAUAUAUAAUACAAAAAUUUUAAGCGACAUAUUUUUUAACAACACAAAUUUUCCAAUAGUGCAUCUAUUGUUCGCUGCCGAUUAUUUAGAUCUAGAAGAGAAUAGAUCGAUAAGUGACGAUUGUGCUAUUAUCGUCACUUGCUCUUAAGCUUUUAAUAUCUGCGCGCAAUAUUAUGCGCUCGGUGGGCUUAAUAUACGUCGCGCAUUGCUCGCUCCACACACAAGAAGUACACUUCUACAUUGCUGUUUUUAACGGACAUAUUAUACACAUAAACACUGUAGAGCAAGUUUCUUUCUCUCCUUAAUCAUUUCCUCCUUUCGUCAAAACGCAAACAGGCUAUUUGUCGUAGAGCACGCAUUUCUUUCUCUUUAUCUCUGUGUAUUUGAUUACGAUUCGCGUUAAUUUACGUAUAUGAAUAUAUAAUCAAUCGCCAUUCGGAAACUAUAUCUGUAUUUAAUAAGUUAACGAGUUAGGAAGCGUUUUGUAUAAAGACAAUAUCAUAUAGGGGAGGAGAAGGAUGAAGAGAUAGUAUUUAAAAAAAAAAAAAAACAAA